UCAACCGUGGGAGUAAAAAAUGACCUAACAAGAUGGGAGUGGCCACACACCUGUCAGACCUGUUCCUGAUACAUGACUCCAGCAGGAUUCUCCUAUGCGUUAGUCCUUUGUUCAACCUGUGUUUUUCAAGCUGAAUGAGGAUGGCAGAAACACCGAACCCGGCCACUACCUCCUUUCCAGCACCAUCUAUUUCCCUGCCCCUUGGAAUGGAAAUAUUGAGGACAUAUUCAGGGGGCCUGAUUUGUUUGGAAAUUGUGUUUGGAGGGUUGGUGUGGAUAUUAGUAGCAUCGACGAACGUGUCAGUGCCAUUGUUGCAGGGUUGGGUAAUGUUUGUGUCAGUAACCAUGUUCAUCUGUUCGUCUGUAUACCUUGCCCUGUUUCUGCUGGGCCUGGCAGACAAGAUUAAGACUGACUGGAAUUUCAUGGACAUGUUCUAUCAUUUCAUCGCUUUGCUGUUUUAUUUUGGUGCAUUUUUGCUGGAGGCUACAGUUUCAUCUGCGGGUAUAUAUACAAACAGCACCUGCAUACGCAGACCUCGUGGCAAUAUAAUAACAUUUCUGGACUACAGAGAGUAUAACAUUAAUGUUGCUGCUGCGAUAUUUUCAUUUAUAGUGACUUUGUGUUAUGGCUGUAGCAUGUUCAUGGGCUUCCGGAGAUGGAGAAAAUAGCACACAACAAUGAAGCAUAUGUAAUUGAUUCAUUACACAAUGUUAUAUUGGUUUACCACAAUAUCUCUAGGGUCUUUAGUCACAUUGAAGUAAAGAGUCAUUAAAAACACACACAUAUAUAUGUUAUUAUUAUUAUUAUUAUUUGUGAUUUUGGCAAAAAUUGUACACAGUAUAGUAAUAUUAACAUUUCACUUGUUUUAACAGGUUAUUGUUAAACUUCAGCAGUGGUCUGAGAGAAUAUUUUAGAUUUUUAGAUGCUAGAUUUAGAUUUUACCUUCUGGAUGAUUUUAAUAUCUAGACCUAAGAAAUUGAAAAUCCAUUUUAUUUUGCUUCUGUAUUAGCCUUGCUUCUAAUAGCCCUAAUAUUUGCUCUAACAACACCAAGGCAAAAACUUUUCUUUAUGACAAAUGUGCUGUAAACUUACACAAGUCAGAUGGAAAUAUGUAUGUAAUAGGCAUGCUGUAUUUAAGAAAUAUAUUUUUUGGUUUGUUUUAUACCUAACUGAUUUGUUAUGUUAUGUUGUAUAGCUUUAAUAAAACAUACAUAUAUA